AUGAACCAAGACGACAUGCCGAUUGGAGAUAUUGAAGACCCCAAAUCCGCCGUCGAAUCGACGGAAAAGACCAUGGAUUCCAGAACUUCCUCAACCAAGUUUGGAUCCGGUGGCGGAGCCAAGGGAGAUUUGGUAUGGAGUGGAAUGAAUCUCAAACUCAUGGACAAGAAAAAUAAGGGCAAUGUCAAGCUUGACAUUCUCAAGGAUGUUUGGGGGAAGGCAGAAGUUGGAAAGACUACGGCCAUCAUGGGAGCCUCUGGAGCUGGAAAGACAAGUCUCUUUCAAGUGCUGACGGGACGUCUUCCUACUCAAGGAGAUCUAGUCCAAGAGGGAGAAAUAUUUUUGGGUGGAGUCCGAGUGGACCCUCGCGACCGAGAACAUCGCAAGUUGUUUGGGUACGUGGCCCAAGAAGAUGCCCUUCACGAAACCUCCACACCACGGGAAGCACUCCGAUUCAGUGCCAAACUGAGGUUGCCCCGUACCACAUCCGAUGAGGAAAUUGAAGCCUUGGUCACCAAGAAAUUGAGAGCCUUGGGACUGGAAGAUGCGGCCGAUACUAUUAUUGGAGGUGGAUUCAAAAAGGGUAUUUCGGGUGGUCAAAAGAAGCGUGUCUGCAUCGGUGUCGAAUUGAUUGCUUCUCCUACCAUCAUCUUCUUGGAUGAACCAACGUCUGGUCUGGAUAGUUAUGCCGCAGCUCAAGUGAUGCAAUUAUUGGAUGAUGUCGCCAAAGAAGGAAACAUUGUCUUGUUUACUAUCCAUCAGCCAUCCUCCAAGGUAUUUAACUCCUUUGACAACUUAAUCCUCCUAAACAAGGGUCAGGUCAUGCACCAAGGAGCAGUCGAUAAUAUCGGGGCCGACUAUAAGGCAGCUGGAUUUCCCAUGCCAGAGAACUACAACCCUGCCGAUUGGGUCAUUGAUGUGUCGGAAAUGAAUGACAUUGACGACUUGAAAAAGACCACCUUUUUCGCCAGUGAACCAAAGGACCACAAGAUUAUUCCUGUCAAGGGAGAGAAACUGGAAGUUCCAGAUUCAAAACAUGUUUCCGCUUUUACCGAACUCAAAUACUUGCUGUCACGUGAAUUCCGGGACAUUAAGCGCAAUCCACUUAUGACGGUCAUCAAUGUGACCAUUACUUCCAUUUUGGCGGCCAUUUUUGGUAUCAUGUUUUGGGAUGUUGGUCGAAAGGACCGAGCUGAAUUUGUGGUUGUACAAGCCAUCCUUGGCUCCUUGGUCAACAUUAUGAUCUCGACCUUGUUUGGUCAGAGUAAUUCUGCCAUUACCAUUUUUGCACGUGAUCGCCCCCUCUUCUUGCGCGAGUACUCCACAGACCACUACACCAUUGUUCCAUACUUCUUGUCCAAACUUGGCAGUGAAAUGUUCAAUGCUUUUGCAGCUGUCUUUGCCCAGGCAUUGGUUGUGUACUGGAUGAUGGGCUUUACUAUGGGCUUUGGUAAUUUCUUGGCAAUUACCUAUGCCAUGUCCUUGGUUUCGACUGCCGUUUGCGUCAUGUUGGGUGCCUUCUUUGCAAAUCCUGAGAAUGCUACGGCGCUGUUCACCCUUGUGGUCGUUCCACAACUCUAUUUCAGUGGGGUCUUUAUUUCCAUCGAUUUGUUGCCCGACCUUGUGCAAUGGGCCCAAUAUGUGUGCUCCCUGACCUACACCUCUCGAUUGGCAUUGGCCUAUGAGCUUCAAAAUUGCGAGCCAGGACUUGCCGCACAGAACUGUGAAGAUACUUUGGCCAGGAACAAUGUGAAUAUCGAUGACAUCUGGUGGUACUGGCUUGCCCUCUUGGGUUUGUUCACUGCUUUCCGUUUGGUUGCCAUGAUUGUGCUCCGAUCCAAAGCCAAUUAUUAA